UGUAGAAAUUAUAGCAGCACACAAAAAUACCACUUACAGAAAAAAAAAAAAAAAAAAAAAAAAAAAAAAAAAAAAGAAGAAGAAGAAGAAGAAAAGAGGAAAGGUCAUAUUUAGACGGACAAGACAAGAAUAAUCAGAGGAAUAUAUUAGACCUUGUUUUUUUUGAGAGAGAAAAUAGAAAGAGAGAGUGGCCGUUGCAACGGCCACUCCCUCACCCUCCACCUCAACAUUUCUGGCUGGAAUUGCAAGUCAAUGUAAAAUUUCAUCUCAAUCAAUCCAUCAUUCCUCUCUUUCUCUUUCCCCCAAAAACAAACAAUAUCCCAUCCCCCACUUUCUCUCCAUUUUCUCGGGAAAAAAAACAAAACAGAAAAAAAAAGAGACGCCUCCCCAAAAAAGAAAAAACCCAGAAUUUUUUUUGUGAUUUUCCCAGCCUCCAAUUGGCCUGGCCUGGUGCAUCACCAUCGUUUUCACCAUCAAUUUUGUGUUUUUCUGGGUGCCCAAACGGUGGUGAUUGCUGGGCAUGAGGUAGAUUUUUUUUAAAAAAAUAUUUAUUUAAUUCUUGAGUUUUCAGUUUUUCAUUUUCUUUUUGUUCGAUUGUAGAGUUUUCCAUUUCGAGGGUGGUUUGGGAAACUUGAAAUUAUUGUACUUUGAAGAUGCAAAACAAUAUAUUUACCACAAUGCGUAGCUUGAAGAUCAUGGAUGGGUGUAAAGGAACUCAAGUUUUCGCCAUUAAUCCUUCGGGAACCACCACCACCACCACCACCAACAAUGGCGGUAGUGGUGGUGGGGGAGGAGACACACUUCCUCAUCACCCCCAAGACCAUCCCCGGGGCACCUCCUCCGAUCUCCUCGAGCCCCAAAUCGAACCCUCCCUCAAGUCCGUCGAUUUUGUCGAAACCCUAGCUGAUGUCUACCGUAGGAUUGAUCAUUGCCCCCAAUUCGAGAAAUCCAAGAUGUAUAUGGAGCAAUGUGCUAUAUUUCGGGGUCUGUCCGAUCCAAAAUUGUUCCGACGGAGCCUCCGGUCGGCCAGGCAGCACGCGGUGGACGUACACACGAAGGUGGUGCUAGCUGCGUGGUUGAGGUAUGAGAGGAGAGAGGACGAGCUUAUUGGGUCGUCGGCAAUGGAUUGCUGUGGUAGAAAUGUGGAAUGUCCUAAGGCUAGUUUAGUUUCUGGGUAUGACCCUGAAUCUGCUUUUGAGUCUUGUAUUUGUUCUCGGGCCCCUGGCGGGGAAGAAGAUGACACACCUCGCCGGGAAGAAGAUGACACUCCUCGCGGGGAUGAAGAUGACGAUGAUUUUGUGAUGGUGGGGGAUGAGGAAUGUUCGACUUCGGAGGAGGAUGGUAAUAUGUCGUUUUGUAUUGGAGAUGCUGAGGUUAGGUGUGUAAGAUACAAAAUUGCCUCGCUUUCGAUACCUUUUUAUGCAAUGUUGUAUGGCAACUUCAAGGAGAGGCGAAGGGAGAAGAUAAAUUUCACGCAGAAUGGGAUCUCUGUGGAGGCAAUGAGAGCAGUGGAGAUUUUUAGCAGGACUAAGAGAGUAGAUUAUUUUGAUGUGAGGAUUGUUUUGGACCUUCUCUCUUUUGCAAACAGGUUUUGUUGUGAUGAUAUGAAGUCGGCUUGCGAUUCUCAUUUGGCAUCUCUGGUUUGUGAACUGGAGGAUGCAAUGCUGCUUAUUGACUAUGGAUUGGAGGAGACUGCUCAUCUUCUAGUGGCAGCUUGUUUGCAGGUGUUUCUGAGAGAGCUCCCCAGUUCAUUGCAUAAUCCUCAUAUGAUGAGAUUAUUUUGUAAUUCAGAAGCAAGGCAAAGAUUGACUAUGGCAGGGCAUGCUUCUUUUAUUUUGUAUUAUUUCCUCAGCCAGAUUGCCAUGGAGGAAGACAUGAGAUCGAACACGACGGUGAUGCUUCUAGAGAGGCUGGGAGAGUGUGCCACAGAAAGUUGGCAGAAGCAACUUGCAUUCCAUCAGUUAGGUGUGGUGAUGCUUGAGAGGAAAGAAUAUAAAGAUGCUCAGUGGUGGUUUGAAGCAGCUGUUGAGGUUGGUCAUAUUUAUUCCUUGGUGGGUGUUGCAAGGGCCAAGUUCAAGCGUGGUCAUAAGUAUGCAGCGUACAAGCAGAUGAACUCUCUCAUUUCUGAUUAUACACCGGUUGGGUGGAUGUAUCAGGAUCGAUCUCUGUAUUGUAUUGGAAAGGAAAAGAUGAUGGAUUUGACAACUGCUACUCAAUUGGAUCCAACUCUAUCUUAUCCAUACAAGUUAAGGGCUGUUUGUCUGUUGGAGGAGAACCAAGUUGAAGCAGGUAUCACAGAGAUCAACAAGAUAAUUAGUUUCAAGGUCUCCCCUGAUUGUCUUGAAUUGCGGGCUUGGUUUUCAAUUGCCCUAGAAGAUUUUGAAGGAGCUCUCAGAGACGUCCGAGCACUCUUGACUUUGGACCCAAAUUACAUGAUGUUUCAUGGAAAAAUGCACGGUGACCAUCUGGUAGAGCUGCUCCGCCCUCUUGUUCAACAAUGGAGUCAGGCUGAUUGUUGGAUGCAACUAUAUGAUCGAUGGUCCUCUGUUGAUGAUAUUGGUUCUCUAGCUGUUGUACAUCAUAUGUUGGCAAAUGACCCUGGGAAGAGCCUUCUACGCUUUAGGCAAUCUCUCCUUCUGUUACGGUUAAAUUGUCAAAAGGCUGCUAUGCAUAGUCUGCGGUUAGCUAGAAAUCAUUCUAGUUCUGAGCAUGAACGGCUUGUCUAUGAAGGAUGGAUAUUGUAUGACACUGGUCAUCGUGAAGAAGCUUUGGCAAAGGCAGAGGAGUCCAUUUCUAUCCAGAGAUCAUUUGAAGCAUUUUUUCUUAAAGCGUAUGCUUUAGCAGACUCAAGUCUUGAUUCUGAGUCCUCAACAUAUGUGAUCCAACUUCUGGAGGAAGCACUUAGAUGCCCUUCAGAUGGCCUUAGAAAAGGACAAGCACUAAAUAAUUUAGGAAGUGUGUACGUAGAUUCUGAUAAGCUGGAUCUUGCUGCUGACUGCUACACAAAUGCACUCAACAUUAAGCAUACACGAGCACAUCAGGGUCUAGCACGAGUAUAUCAUCUUAAAAAUCACCGCAAAGCUGCAUAUGAUGAGAUGACGAAGCUGAUAGAGAAGGCGCGAAACAAUGCAUCAGCUUAUGAGAAACGUUCAGAAUACUGUGACCGUGACAUGGCAAAAAAUGAUCUAAGUACGGCUACACAAUUAGAUCCCCUGAGGACGUAUCCAUACAGAUAUAGGGCAGCAGUUUUGAUGGAUGAUCACAAAGAAGCAGAAGCUAUAGAAGAACUAAGUAAAGCCAUUUCUUUCAAACCGGACCUGCAGCUGCUACAUCUUCGAGGAGCAUUUCACGAAUCAAUGGGUGACUUUGUCUCCACUGUGCGAGACUGUGAAGCAGCCCUCUGUCUUGAUCCCAACCAUGCUGACACUCAUGAUCUCUAUGCUAAAGCACGGGAGCGCGUUAAUGAACAACUGAAGUGAGAGAAUCACAGAGCCAUUAUUCUUUAUUGUAUGGAGGCAAUCAUGCUGUUGCUACCUGAUUCUUUUAAUGUGGAAAAGGCCAGCAAUUGUCAGCAUAGGUGCUCCUUUGGAUUUUGUCUCUAGAAAUCUACAAUUGUAGAUUUCCAUGGCUUGAAGAGUGGAAGCCAGGAAAGAAUUUGGAUUCAUAAGGAAGGAAAGUAGAGGAGCAAGAUAGCAUGUAAAUAUCAACUGUUUAUUGAUUGGAUCAAUUUAUUUAAGUAGAGCAGAGACCUGCUGCUGCUACUGUCUGAUAUACUACUCCAGCAAAGACGGGAGCAGAAGUAAACCACGGCGAAAAGAAUCUUGUACAUGAUAUGUAAGCUUGUGAUGCGUGUUUGUCCAAUUUAGAUGUCUACUUUGUGUUGUUUUCGGCCAAGCGGUUUGCAAUGUGUUCUAAUCUUUAUCAUUCUGUUCUCUCAUUCGUUGUAUAACCUUCAUGGUUUUCCAUUAUGACCGACACGAAAAUGAUUUAUUUUUACAGAGGCUUAAUGGGGCCAAAUUCAAAGCCAGUUCUGCAUUUUCCACUU